AUGUUGUGCUUCAACCUGUUUGUGCUGCCCGCUAUCCGGCAGAUGGGGGGUUGGCGCCAUCCCCUACUGCACAGGGUGCAGGCCCACAUCUCCUCUGCUCUCCGCUUGGACCCUGACCGCCCCGAGUACCACCGGGCGUCCCUCCGCUGGGAGCCAAACGUCCCUGCUGCCCUUGCCUCCUCUGUUGCUGCUCCCACCACUGCUACUGCUACUGCCACUACUACUGCUUCUGCUACUCCUGCUCCUCCUUCCUCCACCGCUGUGUCUGGUUUCGUAGCAGACAGCACAGGCAGGCAGAUAAGCAGUCGCCUCCUCUCCAUGCGCUCAGCGCACUGCCUGCUUGAGCUGCCCCAGGCGCGGGGCUCCCUCCCUGCAGGCUCUCUUCAAAGCGCUGGUGCUGCUUCCGCCCCUGCUGUUGCUGCUGCUGUUGCCUCUCCUUCCACUGCUGGUGCUGCUGCCUCCACUGUGGGUGCGGGUGUGCGAGUGGCGAUUCUGACUGUCAGUGACACGGUGGCGGCAGGCCUAGCAGCAGAUGCCAGUGGCCCCAGGGCAGUGCAGGCAGUGCAGUCACUGCUGCCAGCAGCAGCAGUGGUGGCGACGGCUGUUGUUCCAGACGACCCAGACAAGAUAGCAGCGCAGGUUAAGGCGUGGGCAGAUGGGGGAGGAAUUGCUGUGUCAACUAGUGAGGAAGCGGGUGUGGCAGCAGUGGAUGUGAUUAUAACGACAGGGGGCACGGGGUUCUCUCCCCGGGAUGUCACUCCUGAAGCCUGUGCGCCGCUCUUCCACCGCUCUGCACCCGGGCCUCACCCAUGCCAUGCUGCAGGAGAGCCUCAGGGUAGGAUCACGCCCUUUGCCAUGCUCUCGCGCAUGGCUGCUGGCAUUAGAGGCUCCACUCUGAUCCUCAACCUGCCUGGCAACCCUAAUGCGGUGUCAGAAUGCCUGGCUGCUCUCAUGCCUGCUCUUCCCCAUGGCUUGAAGCAGCUGAAAGGGGACAAGCGGGAGAAACACCCCCGCCACACGCCCCACCCUGGCAUAGCCAAGGUAGAGGAGUGUGUGAGGGAGUGCGGAGGGGAGUGUGGUGGGGAGUGUGGAGGGGAGUGUGGAGCGAGACAGGAUGAGGAGGAGGAGGGAGAGGAGGAGGAGGAGGAGGAGGAGGAGGAGGAGGAGGAGAGGAGGAGGAGGGGAGGAGGAGGAGGAGGAGGAGGAGGAGGAGGAGGAGGAGGAGGAGGAGGAUAA